UUCUGCACCGACACUCCAUCCCUUCUCUCCCCUUCUUCCUCAACCUUCCUCGUCGACACUUCAUCCUCCCCCCUUAUCUUGUAUAUAUUCACCCGAGACAGCUUCUGCGAGGGCAGAAACAAGACAGCAAGGUGUCUUCCACUGUGAGACAAUAUGGGGAACAACACAUCGACCGACCCAUCGAUCGCCAAAUCUAAGGAGGUCUUCCAGGUACGGAACGAUCUGCAAGAGGAAUUGGAGGUGAUGAAGAAAGAGCUCAUGAAUCAAUUGGUGGCUGCAACAAAGAAAGAGCUGCAGGAGCAUUUGAAGGCGACGAAGGGAGAGCUGAAGAAGCAAUCGGAGGCGACGAAGAAAGAGCUCAGCAACCAAUUGGUGACGGCGACGAAGAAAGAACUGCAGGAGAAUUUGGAGGCGUCGAAGGAAGAGCUGAAGAAGCAAUCGGAGAAGGUGAUGAAAGACCUUAAAGAAGUGCUAGAGUACAAACUAGAGAACAAGCAGUUGGAGCGCAAAAACAUUGAGCUGUCCAGUGAGAAGGCUGAACUAGAGAAGCAAUUGGAGUACACGAAGAAGGCAGCCCUAGUGCUCAUAGACGCUGCUGAUGCAUACCAAGAAGCAACAGAGAAGCAAAUCAAGGCAAAGAUAGAGGAAUUGGAGGACACGACGAAGGCGGCUCUGGUAUUCAUGGAAGCUGCUGAUACGUACCAAGAAGAAACAGAGAGAAAAAGUAAGGCGCGGACGGAGGAAUUGGAGAAUACGAGGAAGGCAGCUCUGGUGUUCAUGGACGCUGCCGAUACAUAUCAAGAGGCAGCAGAAAAACAAAUCAAAUCAAAGGUGGAGGAAUUGGAGGACAUGAGGAUGGUGUUUGUGGACGCUGCUGAUACGUACCAAGAAGCAGCAGGGAAGCAAAUUAACGCAACAGUACAAACACUAGAGGUGCUAGGGGGCCAAGAGGCAAUGAGGGUAGAAUCUUUGGAAUCAGAGUUCAAUGCAACUCUGGCUAACAACCAGGAAAUGGAGGUUGAUGCCACUGUGAAAAAGAGGGAAUGUGAUUUGGUAAAGGGUGAAAAUGAUAUGCUUCAGUCAGAGGUUUUGGCAACAGAGCCUAAACCUAAACUUAACCUAUUUGAAGCAGCGGUUGAGACACAGAGGCUCAAGAUGGAAUUGGGUGCGUUGGUAGAGGCGAAGGAGGCAGCUGAAAAUGCAUUUGAGGCAGAUAUGGAAGAUGUCAUGAAGGAACCGAAGGACCUCAAGAGCAAAGUGGAAAAAAUCAAGACCAUAAGGGGUUUUGUGAUGCAUGAAAAUGAAACACUUUGGUUGGAGGAUUCUAUAGUUGCUCAGAAAUAUGAUAUAUAUGAAGUAGAGGUUGAGAGUACCGAGAUGCAGUUGAAUGUGUUGAUGGAGGCAAAGGAGGCAGCUGCAAUGGGGUUUAAUGUUAACGAGGCAAAAAACAAGAAGGAAUUGGAGGAAAUUCAUGCCAUCAGAUAUGAACGAUGAGAAGAAUUCAGUCCAGGAAGCACAAGAUACUGAGAAGGCUAAAGCAUGCAGGCUGAAGCCAAAGCCAAAAAAAUGAGGCACUGGAGGACUACAAUGCUGAAAAGGAUGGUGAGAUUGGGAAAUUGAAGGUGCCAUUGGAGGGGGGUAGAUCUACGCCCUCAUCAGAAAGGACAUUGAGCUAUUGCAUCUCUCAUACUAGCUGAGGUGCAAAGGAAGAAAACAUCUGGCAUUUCGCACUAAUUUGCUCUCUGUAAGCAUGUGAUGUUGAUCAGAUCAGUUGGUACUAUGAAA